GUUUUUUUUUUUUCUAUCUCAAAAAAAAAAAAAAAAGUUCAUUCAUCAUACAAACUCCCACUGAAUGCAAUCUUUGUGUCCAGGGUUUGGUUCGGAGACUGGAUAUAAUAAUAAUGACGAACACAAGAUGCCCACCCUCAUGAAAUUUAUAAUACAAAGAAAUACAGACAGAGGGAGAUCUAGCUCAAACAAUUCAAGAGACUCUCUCUAGGGAAAAAUUGAAAAUUACAAAUACAGAUAUAGAUAUGAAAAUGGAGAUUUAGAAUGGAAAAUCACAUCACACAUUUUAAAGUCUUCCAAACCACAAACAAAAAUCAGAAAAACAAUAAAAUAUUUUAUUAUUUAACUACCUGACACACCUCUACAGUAAUUUUUCUCUAAUUUGUUGGCUUUAUAUUCUUGGGCUGCUUCUUUGUAUGUUAAUUUUAUAAUUUAAAUUUUUCUAGAAAAAAUAAAAUGAUAACGUAGUCUUUCCUCUAGCAUGGUUGAUCAAAAGCAUUUUUAAAUUGAUGACAUUUGAGUAAACCUCUAUCAAGUUUCUUUCAAUUAUGAGCUAUGAGAUUUUCAGGACAUUUUAAGUAUUUUGUGUGGAGACUAAUCUGAGAAUCCCUUUGUACUGAUAAAUCUUAUUAACUAGUUGGUCUUAGAUGUCCUUAUUGUCAAUGGUAUAUUAUGUUUUCUUUGUCAAUGUCAAUAUUUUAUGUCAAAUGUGCAAGAACUUUAAAUCUCUUUUCAGUGUAUUUACUCUUCUUCAUUAAUUAGAUUAUUAAACAAUCCAAGAGCCUAUUUAUUACCGUAUUCAAAAUUUAGCUUUUUCUCUUAAUGAAUUAAUGCUUUCAUAUAAUCUGAAAUUUUUCUUUUGUUAUAAUUUGUUGUUUUGUCUUGUUUUACUUUGCUUCCUGAUGACAGAAUAAUUUGUUGAUAUAUUUUGUUUUUUUCUGAGACAGAAUCUCACUCACCGCAUAAGAACCUCUGCAAAUGGUAAAGACAUUCCAAAUGGUAAAGACAUUCUAAGGGCAGGAGGAACUGAAAAUAGUUUCUCUUCUGGGGUGGAAAACUGUUCCAGGACUGCAAUCAGGAACACCCAACCUGCUGAAAAACUAGCCUGACUACAAUCCCAAAUUUAUGUUCUUAUUUAGCUUUAGGCUAGAAAUAGCUUUGCUGAGAUUAUUGUGCACCUAAAAAUCUUAAUCUUUAUAAUCUUUAAAGUUUGCCUGUGGGAUAUCUUUAGGAUAUGUAAUCUUUAUGGAAAUCUAUAGAACAUUGUUUGCCUGUGGGAUGUUUUUUAGAACAUGUUUGUAUGAUUUACCAUGAUCUUUUGUUCUUGGGAUGAAUAUGAAUGAGGAAUUACUCUUGGACUCUUGGUCUGGAAAACCUCCAGUCCCCUGACCCCACUCUUUCUCUUCCACUGUCUCUUUUCUUAUUCCUGCACAACACUCUGUCUUCAACCCUGUCGCUGGGGAACUCCUGGCAAGUGGUUCCCGAAUGUGGGACCUGAAGACAGAAGGCUUCACCAGAGUGAAGGGACUUUCCAGAUUACGUCGCUAAGACCCGGAGAAGUAAACUGUUCCCGAGAAAGGAUCUUCUGCAGAAAUACAGGUCACCGUUAGAUGGAGGUCUGUGUGCUGCCUUGGCCUGGGAUGGCUAGAGAAUCAAGGGAAAGCACAGCACGGGACACCCCAUCUGCAGAGGACCAGAUGAGGCAUCUGGUCAUCAAGGUGGAGAAGAAAGAAGCCAGUUCGCCUGGCAGCCCCGCUCUGGGCUCGGAGUAUUCCCGCCAGCGCUUCCGAGGCUUCCGAUACCUGGAGGCUCCGGGGCCCCGCGAGGCGCUGAGCCGGCUCCGAGAGCUCUGCCGACAGUGGCUGCGGCCUGAGAUGCACAGCAAGGAGCAGAUCCUGGAGCUGCUGGUGCUGGAGCAGUUCCUGACCAUCCUGCCCGGGGACCUGCAGAGCUGGGUGCGGGAGCAGCAUCCGGAGAGCGGGGAGGAGGUGGUGGUGCUGUUGGAGUAUUUGCAGAGGCAGCUGGAUGAGCGGAUGCCGCAGGUAGAACAGGUCCUAGGUGGUGACGAGGGGCAAGAACUGCUCUGUUGCAAGAUGACAGUGUUGACACCACCUCAGGGGUCACAAAGUAGCCAAUUUCAGCCAAUGAAGGCUCUACUCAAGUCCCAGCCCUUACAAGACAGAGUUCUCCAGGUUCCUGGGCUUGCUCAGGGAGGGUGCUGCAGAGAAGACACAGUGGUAGCUGCCAGGCUCACUCCAGAGUCCCAGGGGCUGCUGAAAAUGGAAGAUGUGGCCUUGACCCUUACACCUGAGUGGACACAGCAGGGUUCAUCUCAGGUGAACCUCUAUAGAGAUGAAAGACAGGAGAACUGUGGCAGCCUGGUUUCCCUGGGUGAUGAAAUACAGCCUAAGAUCAGGGACUUGCCUCCAGCUGAGGAGCUUCCAGGAAAAGAGCCUGGGCAGAGACCGUGCCACCUGGGUGAAGACACUGCCCAGAUGCCUACAUGUGCAGAAGCUGGUGAACAGGAGGGCAGGUUACAAAGAAAGCAGAAAAAUGCCACAGCGGGGAGGCGGCGGCACAUUUGCCAUGAAUGUGGAAAGAGUUUUGCUCAGAGUUCAGGCCUGAGUAAGCACAGGAGAAUCCACUCUGGUAAGAAACCCUAUGAAUGUGAGGAGUGUGGCAAAGCCUUCAUUGAGAGCUCUGCCCUUGUCAUUCAUCAGAGAGUCCACACUGGUGAGAAGCCAUAUGAGUGUGAAGAAUGUGGCAAGGCCUUUAGUAACAGCUCAGACCUUAUCAAACACCAGAGAACCCACACUGGGGAGAAGCCCUACGAGUGUGACAACUGUGGGAAGACUUUCAGCCAGCGUUCCAGCCUCCUUGAACAUCAUAAAAUUCACACUGGGGAGAAGCCAUACCAGUGCAACAUGUGCGGCAAAGCCUUUAGGCGGAAUUCACAUCUCCUGAGACAUCAGAGGAUCCACGGCAAUAAAAAUGUUGAGAAUCCGAAGUGUGGAGAGGCCUGGGAAAGUCAGGGUAAAACGAAAAGCCAGUGGGACCACAUGGAAAUGCCUGUGUUUUAUAAAUGUAAUGAGUGUGAGAGAAGUUUCACUCAGAAUACAGGCCUUAUUGAGCAUCAAAAAAUCCACACUGGUGAGAAACCCUGUCAGUGUGACCCAUGUCGAAAAGGCUUCACCUGAAUUUCAUAUCUUGUUCAACAGAGAAGCCAUGUUGAGAAAAAAAAUCCUAUCACAGUGACCCAUGCUGUACAUGCCAAAGUUGGUGCUCAUGCAUCAUUGAACUGAAGCUGCCUUGGAGCCCUGACUAUAGAAAUUAUAGGUUGAGGCUUUAUUUACCAGCAUACAUCAUCAGAUGUUAGAAAAUAUAGAGGCUGGCUGAGAUGAUUUAUUUUCUACAUUGUAGAAGAUGAUUGGAACAAAACCUUAUUUGAUAGGAGGCUGUGGGAGAGUUGUCUAGAAGUAUACCUGAAAUGGUUUGUUCCCAUCCAUUGGAAUUUGAUGGGCAUGCCGACUGGCUGCUUGCCCUCAACCAGCACUUUAUGACGUCUACGGGGUAGAUGGUUGUGGUUCAGGGGCUGCUGCUCUGACUAUUCUGUUUGACUAUAAUGAAUCCUCCACAGUUGAUCAGAUUCACAAAGUCUUACAUUCCCCUCUGUGCCUUGUACACAGGUGCUAAACAUUUAUUUAAUGUACCGGUGAGAUUACCUUCAUAGCUCUGAAAAUCCAAUAUGGUCUAGAUUUCUGAGGAAUUUCUCACCAAGGUCAUCUGUGCUGUGUCGUUCUCUGAGGUCCUAGAUUGUGCCUCAGUCUAGUGCAUUUAUUUGCCAAGUACACAGGAUUGGCAGAGCAGAGGUGAGGAUGGGGUUGUGAUAGAAAGAAUCUACAUUUCUUUACCAGACUAGGAAUUCUAGUGCAAAUGCCUUAGAUAUCUUUUCUGUCAUUAAACCAUAUCAUUGUGAAUAUGUGCCAUCCAUGGAAUUCUUUUCUUUAGUUACUGUUUCCCUGUGGUUAAUUUUGAUACUUUUUAGAAAGGACAAAACCUUCCUAUUCAGUCAGUGUAAAAGUCAGUUAUCUAUUUGGAGGCUUUGUUGGAAUAUUAUAUUAAAAAAAAAUAAUUUAAAAGAAAGGAAAUUGCUUUUUUAAAAAAAUAAACAACAACAACAAAAAGUCAGUUAUCAAGUCAGAAUAAAAUGAUAAAUUUUCUAAUGCUCAGCAUCUCACUUCUUGUCCUUUACUUCUCUUGGGCCUAACCAAGUGCCCCCUAAAGCUAUAGACACUAUCUUCCCUUACCCUACCACCCAAUGCACACUGUAAACUGCAUCAAAACUUACCCUGCUAAGUUCACACUUUGCCCAGGUCAGUGGAUUUGAACUAAAUAUCUAAAACAAAUAUUACUUACGGUUUCAGAACUCUAUUACCAGUGUAACAGUCUUGCUCUUAUAUAUUGAUUCCCAAAUCACCUGUGUCGUAACAGCUCCUUAAGGAUUCAUGAUGAGAACUUUAACCAUCAAUUUACCUCUUCAGGUUAUCUACUUUUCAUUAAACAUACUUUGUAGACCAUCUUUUUUAGUUUUCUCAUCCAUCAUGAUAGUCAAAAUUUCAUUUGUGUGAAUUCAAGUGAGAAAACAUUUCUUAGUCAGCAAUACAUUAGUAUUUGUUGUGUACGUAUCAAGUGGAGUUGUUUCUACAAAAGUUAUUUCAGAAUUAUUGCUCUCCUGCAAACUUUUGUUAGUCUAUCCCUUCUCCUUUUUGUAGAAAUGUGCUUUCAUUAUUGCAUUUACUCAGAUUUCUCACUUGGUUUCUGGCACCAACAGUCUCUUCCAUAUUUAUAAUAUCAGUCUAAGACUCUGGAAUUCAGAUAUAGCAAGAUUUUCUGGUCACUUUUCAUAAUUAAUGAUUUUACCAUUGUGAUAUAUUUUCCCUUGCUCCAGAUAUUUUGUUUAUCAGGAAUUGAGUUAUCCAAAAUCCUUUACGAAUCUAUCCGAGUCCCUGUUUUUAUGCCACUUUUGAAGGCUCGAUACUUCAAAGUUUUCAGGGAUCUAGGGUAUACAAAUCUAACAAAUCCUAAUGUAGGUCAUUUGUAUUACAGUAAUGAACCAUAUGGUUACUUUGAAUGAAUUUUUUUUUUUGCACAAGAUCAACUGUUUAUUGCUUUUUCCUAAAAUACUAUACAUUUUAAAGGAACUAAAAAGACAACAAUUUUUGGUAAAUCUGUAGCAUAGGAGUGAGGGUUUCUGCUGGUAAGUUUCAUGACAGACACAGACACACAUCCACUUUCAGAG